UUGUAUGUGUGUCUAUGCUCCCGAUGCUCAGUAGUUUACAUGGUUAAUACAGAAGGAAGGACUUCUCUUGUUAUCUGUUUAUGGUGUGCACUUGUCGGUGAAAGUCAAAGCUCACUCACUGACUCGUUGCACAUUUACUCCGUGCACGGUUUGUAUUAGAAACAUUUCGCUAACUUACAGGAAGAAACCGUUGCCCUGCAGAAACGUUGCUAUAUGUGUUGCAGUCCAAGAUCUGGUCUGAGGAUUACUGAAGAUGGGGACAGCUUUGAUUUAUGAUGAGGAGAUGACCAAAUACAAACUCCUCUGGGUCGACCCAGCAUGUAAAGUCGAGGUACCGGACCGUCUGACAGUGAGUCAUGAAGCUUUGAUAAAGACCGGUCUUGCUGAUCGCUGUGUCUCCGUGCCUGUCCGUGAGGCGACGGAUGAAGACAUCCUGCUGGUUCACAGUGAGGAGUACUUGGAGGCGGUGAAGAAGACCCCCUGUAUGACUCUGGAGGACCUAAAGGAGUUCACCCUGCAGUACGGUGACGUCUACUUCCACCCAAACAUUUAUCACUGUGCCAAGCUGGCUGCAGGCGCCGCACUGCAACUAGUGGACAGUGUUAUGACGGGGAAGGUGAGGAACGGCAUGGCCCUUGUCAGACCACCAGGACACCACAGUAUGCGCAGCGCUGCCAAUGGAUUCUGUGUCUUCAAUAAUGUGGCCGUAGCUGCUCGAUAUGCCAAACAGAAAUAUGGAGUUAAAAGGGUGCUGAUAGUGGACUGGGAUAUACAUCAUGGUCAAGGGGUGCAGUACUGUUUUGAAGAUGAUCCAAGUGUGCUCUACUUCUCAUGGCACCGCUACGAACAUCAGAAAUUCUGGCCCAAUCUCAGAGAAUCAGACUACGACAGUGUUGGCAAAGAGAAAGGCGCAGGAUUCAAUGUAAAUGUACCGUGGAACAAAGUGGGAAUGAAGAACGGUGAUUAUCUUUCAGUCUUCUGUCACGUCCUUCUGCCAGUCGCAUAUGAGUUUAGCCCAGACCUGGUCCUGGUGUGUGCAGGCUUUGACUCAGCCAUUGGUGACCCAGAGGGUCAAAUGUGUGCCAGUCCAGACGUCUUUGCCCACCUCACUCACCUCCUGAUGAACCUUGCAGGAGGGAAACUGUGUGCUGUGCUGGAGGGUGGAUACAACCUGACUUCCCUCCCCCAGUCUGUGUGUCAAACAGUGCAGACGUUGCUCGGAGAUCCUGCGCCUCGACCUGCAAACCUCGAUGGUCCCUGUACGAGUACACUUGAGUCUCUUCACUGUGUCCGAUCAGCUCACAGGAAGUACUGGUCCUGCCUCAAACAUGCAGCUGAGCUACCUGCCUCUGAAAUCAGCACGAAGCGCAUGAAAUUAGCAGAAGAAGAAAAGGUGGAGACAAGAGAAGAGGAGAAACACACAGAGGAAAAGGUCUGGCCAGCGCCUCCAAAACGCGUCGCUCCUCCUGUCCACACUGCUUUAAUCCUUCCUGAUGCCGUGGCUUGCCCUGAUGGAUGUGAACACUUCAGCUCACCAGAGGACCCGGUCAUAGUCAGCAAAUUCAGGGAGAAUUUCCUCAAUGAAGAUGACAGCAAUGCUCUUAAAACCCUCUCCAGUCUUAUCGCCCUCGUAGAGAAGAUGCAGAAGAACAAGAUCCGCAAUGGCUUGGCCCUGGUCCGUGAUGUCUCCAUGGCGAUGAUGUGUGUUACCCAGCAUGCUGCAGCUGCUCUCAGUAACCGGGUUCUGAUCGUGUGUGUUGGAGAUGCAGAGGUCCCGCGUCACGGCACAGAGGAUGGGAAAACACUCCUGGUGCAGUUCAGCAGCAAGGAGUCAGAGAAACAGACAUGCAAAUAUCACAUUCCUGUGUGUCUGAAGAAGGGCUGCAGUGAUGUGUCGGGGUUCACACAGGCAGUGUUGGGUCUCCUUCUGCCUCUGGGAUAUGAGUAUGACCCCAGUCUGGUUCUGUUGGUUCGGACGCCAUAUAGCGGGCUGUGUGACAGUGUGUGGCAACAACUAACAGGCCUGCUGCAGGGCCUUGCACAAGGACACACACUGGUGCUCCUGCAGGAAGGUGAGAUGGCAUUUGUCAGCCCCACAGCCUCUUCUCUCCUCGGUGAUGCUGCCCCCUCUCUGGGGCAGCUUCAUUCUCCUCUAGCAGAGGACGUGGAGGCGCUGGAGAGACUGAGACACAAACUGCAGAUGGACUGGAAGCUACUGCAGACGACAGCACCAGAAGGAGGAGGUGAUCAGCACUGAAGCAGAUGCUGCUUUUUUUUGUAAAGAACAUCAAUCAAACGUCAUGAUAGAGUUUUGUAUUUUUAUGCCAGGUUUUAUUGUCCAAAUGAUGCCUUUAUCAUUCACACUGUGUCCUAAAAUAAACAGUAUUUUUCAAAA